AAACCUUCGACUUGGUUAGGCCAACUACGUUUUGAAUAGUGCCAUACAACAUCCUUACACACUCUGAUAGAACUGCAGCAACUAUAUCUAUUGAAUAGGAUCAGUGUAUAUUUUUUGGAUAUAUGAACUACAUUUUCACGAAUUGGAAAAUUAAUUCGUGUCUGACUGUUAAGUACAGUGCCAUUAUUCAUAGUAUAACUAGAAUAUGGGUAUUCAUUUAACGGUUUAAAUUCUGGAAUGCAGUUAUUUGGUGCUAGUUAAGUUAGCAUUGUAUACCGCUCUGGUUGUGAGAUUGGCAUUUUCCAUGCUAGGUAUUGAUCGUAUCAUUCCUUAAACUGCCACUUAGAACCAACUACCACAAUGGCAGGCACACUUGGAGGAAGUAUUUUUACACGUCUGCUAUCAAUAUGGAGGUCUCUACGUGGCGAAGUUGUGCGAAUGGUAGACGAAGCUACCGAUAAUAAAACCGAACCCGGAUGUUAUCAACAAUCGGAUGCUAAUAAAUUCACCGCCGAUUCCCGAGCGGACUCGCUUAGCACUACUGAUGGCAUAGAUCUCUCAGUAGAGCAGAAUGAGUUGAGCCGUGCUUCCUCAGAGUGCGCUACACCAAAGAGUAUAGACAUAACAAAUGAUUUUGCAGUAACAAUAGAACAGGAUAAAGCAGACGCUGAAAAUGCCAAAGAAGCAUUAUGUAGCACUGUUGAAGCCUGUCGUAACAACAUGCCUCUUGAUGACUUGUUACAGGUGUCAGUCGGCCUACAUAAUAACCUAGAGACCCGACUUGGCAGUUUAUGUGAAAAGCUAAACAGCAUCGGAGCACCCAUACAAGCUGCCAAAACCGAGUUGCCCUUAACUAUACCAGCAAACAUACUUGAAAAUGUAGCUAAAGAAAAGGCAUUGGCUCAUAAACGUGAACGCUGCCGUAGAAGCCCACGUACCCAACACCAAACACUAAAUCUCGAUGGGAAACGUCCGAAUAAAGUGGCUAAAAAAGCAGGACCUACAACUUUGGAACAACUGGAGUUGUCAAAGGAAACACGCCAGCUACUAGAACUUAAUUCACCACAAAUAUCAAAAAAAGAUUAAAUACCCAUAAAUGCCGGAUACCCACUGUCUUAUAACGUAUGAUACACGAUAUAUAAUUGU